AUUUUUGUCUGAUGUCGGUGUGAAAGUUGUAAAAUCUGUUUAGUCAUACUGAACAACUGUAUCAAAAAAAAAUUAACUGAUUAAACUUGCUCAUAAUAUUUAAAAUGCUGCCUCCUGGUUUCAGACAUAAUUGGAAUCUGAAAAUUAGCGCAAAUGAUAUCUUGAUUGAAGCCGAUAAACUUAUUAAUAACUCUAGGGAAAUUCUUGAUAAAAUAGGAUCUGUCUCUGACGAAAGUGUCAGCUAUCAUACACUGUUAAAGGAAUUGGCUGACUUUGAUUGCGAAUAUAACUCGAAUAUAGGUCUUUUAACGCUUCUAAGGCAUGUUUCUACUGAUCAAGCUGUGCGGGAUGCAAGCACGGAGGCAGAAGCUAAAUUUGAAGCCUUUGAUAUUGAAAUAGAAAUGAGGCAAGACAUUUUUAAUAAAUUGCUUAUUCUCCAAAAGAAACAAGAAGACAUGAAACCAGAAGCUAAACGGUAUCUUGAAAAACUCAUUCAAAGGGGAGAAAGAGGUGGGUUGCACCUGCCUGAAGAAACUCAGAAGCAGGUAAAGGAUCUAAAAACUAGAUUAACAGAGUUAGGCAUCCAGUUUCAAAAAAAUCUCAAUGAGGAAACUACUGUUUUAGAAUUUACAGAAGAAGAAUUAGAUGGUUUAACUCAAGAUUUUUUGAGCGGUUUACAAAAGAAUGAAAAAUCUGGUAAAUUUGAAGUCACUUUAAAAUACCCUCAUGCUUUUCCUGUUUUGCGAAAAUGUAGAAAUGAAAAUACAAGACAUCGGAUGCAUGUAGCUUUUAAUUCACGAUGCAUGAAUGAAAAUAAGCAUAUUUUAGAAGAACUUGUGAAAUUAAGAAAACAGCAUGCUUUGCUGCUUGGUUUUCCUUCUCAUCCAGCUUACAUUAUGGAUAUCCUAAUGGCCAAAACACCUGAAACUGUUCAUAGUUUUUUAACAGAACUCUGGCACGAUCUAACACCUUUAUGGGAGAAAGAAAGAGCAUAUAUGUUGGAAUUGAAAGAGGCUGAAUGCAAGGAAAUGAAUAAAAUAUUUGAUGGCAAGCUAAAUGAAUGGGAUGUUAAGUACUACAUUACCAAAGUGGAGGAGAAAAAGUAUGCUGUUGACAAUGAAAAAUUAAAGGAAUAUUUUCCACUUCCAGUUGUUACUGAAGGACUGCUGAAUAUCUAUCAAGAGUUGCUGAGUUUGAAAUUUAAAGAAAUAGAAAAUGCUGAAGUUUGGCAUGAAGAUGUAAAAUUAUACAGUGUCCAUGAUUCUGAGCAUCAAACACUUCUCGGUUAUUUCUACUUGGAUCUUUUUCCUCGACCAGGAAAAUAUGGUCAUGCAGCAGUCUGUAGUAUACAGCCAACUUGUCUUUUAGCAGAUGGUUCGAGGCAGAUUUCUAUUUGUGCAAUGGUUGCUAAUUUUACAAAACCUCUUGCUGAUAAACCAUCCUUAUUAGAUCAUCAAGAAGUUGUGACAUUCUUUCAUGAAUUUGGCCAUGUAAUGCAUAAUAUUUGCAAGAGACAAGAAUUUGCUUAUUUCUCAAGAGUUGAAAGAGAUUUUAUAGAAGCUCCGUCACAAAUGCUAGAAAAUUGGUGUUGGGAAGUAGAAUCAUUAAAAAGGAUGUCAGCUCACUACUCUGAUAAAAGCGAAAUACCUCAUGAUAUAAUACAUUUGUUAGUCAACUCAAAACUAGCUAAUGUAGGCUAUCUCAAUUUAAGACAAGUAGUCCUUGCAAUGUAUGAUCUCAAGAUUCAUUCUGAACCUGAGAGUGACUUGAGGCAAAUGUUUUAUGCUAUCAAUCGUGAUGUGCUAAAUAUUGAAGUUCCUUCUGAAACUUUUAUGCCUUCUGCUUUUGGACAUCUUGCUGGUGGUUAUGAUGCACGGUACUAUGGAUACUUAUGGAGCGAGGUGUAUUCUAUGGAUAUGUUCGACACUGUCUUUAAAAAUGGAAAUUUGUUUAAUGCAGAAGCUGGCAUGAAAUACAGAAAUUCAAUUUUAAAACCUGGAGGAACUAAGGAUGCUUAUGACAUGCUAGUAGAUUUUCUUGGACGUGAGCCUAGUAGAGAUGCAUUCCUAAGAAGCAAAGGUCUUACUAAAAAAGAGUCAAACUAAAGAUUUGAAUAUAAUUUAGUCAUCAAAAAGUAUUAAUUGGCGGCCUCCCUACUGAGCAGGAUCUGUUCUAAAAUUUUGUUGAACAAAAUUGAAUAUUUGUUUAGGUGAAAGCAGAUUUCUUCAUCAAAAAGUGUUACUUGGUAGCCUCCCUAAUGAUCAAUAUCUGUUCUUUUUAUUUUACCAAAUUCAAUAUUUGUUUGUGCAAAUUGUAUGAAAAAUUUUGAAAUAAAACUUAUGAUAAAAAUAAAUG